GCCCCCAGGCGCCGCUGUCCCUCGGCAGCCCAGCCGCAUCCUCCGCCAGGGAGCGCGCUCCUCGCCCGCCGGCGUCCCGGGCCGACAAAGAGCUCGCCGGUCGCCUGCCGGCAGUCUGGCCCUGAGGCUCGGGCGGCUCGGCGGGCGAUGGGAGAUGGAAGGAAGCGACGCCCCGGCAGAGACGUUUGUUUGGGUUAAUAAUGCAUCUGCACAUUCCCAGAGUGUUGCCAAGGCCAAAUACGAAUUUUUAUUUGGCAGACCUGAAGAGAAAACUUCAGAUACUAGUGAUCAUGGAGGAAGCACUUUACUCCCACCGAACGUCACGAAUGAAUUUCCGGAAUAUGGGACCAUGGAGGAAAGUGGAGAAGGCCUAAGAGCCUCGCUGGACUUUGAUGCCGAGUCUCUGCCGUGCCGCCCACAGGGGCAGCAGGGGGUCCAGCUUCUUGCUGGCCACCCCCCUGGGCUUGUCAGUGUUACAGGAAGACCAAAAGAUAUCGGACAGGCCCCCUCUCAAAGUCACCUCAAGGAACAGAGUUUACAGCCCAUUGACUCUCUAAUUUCUGCUCUGAAAGCCACAGAAGCCAGAAUAGCUUCAGGAACAUUGCAGGCUACAAAGGUACAGGACAGAGAUGCUCUUCCUGGUUUUUCAGGUCAGCAGGUGGAACAAGAGCCAGACACUGCCAGUCAUAAAACACAGAGAGCUAACAAACCCUUCCCUGCUGGCCGAGAAAAGUCACCCAAAAUACCUCUUUCGGCUGAAGUUACGACCGAAGACAGUAUUUAUUUGAGCAUCCAGAAGGAUCUGACUGCACUGUUAACUGGAGAAGCUGAAGCAGAGCUUUCCCGUGCAGCUGCUAGAGGGCAGAAGGAGGCUGUCCUUGUGCGGGAGCCAGCUUGUCCAGCGUCUUUCGAGGGAGGUCUGGAGACCCAUAGCUCAGCCAGUGGUGCCAAUUUGUUGAGAGAGAAGAGGUCUGAUCAGGGGAGAGAGCACCCAGGGUGCGGUGAUCGAGGCAGCUCCUCAGGACACCAGGGCCAUGUCAAACACGUGGGGUUUCAGGGAGUGGAAAUACUGUGGACUGGAGGUGCGGGGAGAGAGACCCGGCUGCCUGUGGAUGUUCCGACAUCGAGGGAAAGGACAGCCCCUCCGGAAAGCACAGCCUUUUCCAAAGGGCCAGGCCGUCUUGUCUCACCGGCUGCUCAGUGUAGUUCAGCUGGCUUACCUGAGAGAGUUUGGGAUGAUGCCCAGAGAGCUCCUUCAGAGGCACCGGCCACCGGCUCAGGGCCAUUUUCCCCUGUGCCUCUUCUUGAGAGCGGUGAAGAUGAGGUCUUCCUGAGGGAAAACAAGGAACAUCUUGAGGAGAAACCUGAACUGGAGAAAGACAGAGAAAGGGUUCUUGAGCAGGAGGAGCACUUUCGGGGCGGAGACGAUGAUGUCCUCGGAUCCGCGUAUGCAGAAGACUCCACUGAUGUGUACAGCUCCCAGUUCGAAACCAUUCUGGACAACACUUCUUUGUACUACAGUGCGGAGUCCUUAGAGACCUUAUACUCGGAGCCAGAUAGCUAUUUUAGCUUUGAAAUGCCUCUCACUCCAAUGAUACAGCAGCGCAUUAAGGAAGGUGGCCAGUUCCUGGACAGGACAUCCAUGGGAGGACAGCAGGAUGUCCUGAGCAUCUCAGCAGAUGGAGGAAUAGUGAUGGGCUACUCUGGCGGGAUCACCAACGGACUGAGUGGCUCCAGCAACUCCAUCUAUACCAAAGGCACCCCAGAGAUUGCUUUCUGGGGAAGCAAUGCUGGGGUGAAAACAGCACUGCUCGAGGCUCAUUCUGAAAUGGGGAGCACUGAGAUUCUGGAGAAAGAGACCUCAGGAAGCCUCAGUAAUGGAACCAGCAGCAAUGUAGAAGCAGCCAAAAGGUUGGCCAAGCGCCUUUAUCAACUGGACAGGUUCAAAAGAUCGGAUGUGGCAAAGCACCUGGGCAAGAACAAUGAAUUUAGCAGACUGGUUGCAGAAGAAUAUUUGAAGUUUUUUGAUUUUACAGGAAUGACACUGGAUCAGUCUCUCAGGUAUUUUUUUAAAGCAUUUUCUCUUGUGGGAGAAACCCAAGAACGAGAGAGAGUUUUAAUACACUUCUCCAAUAGAUAUUUUUAUUGUAACCCAGAUACCAUUGCUUCACAAGAUGGUGUCCAUUGCCUCACCUGUGCAGUGAUGCUUCUGAACACAGACCUCCACGGCCAUAAUAUUGGAAAGAAGAUGACCUGCCAAGAGUUCAUUGCAAACCUCCAAGGGGUAGAUGAGGGUGGUGAUUUCUCCAAGGAUCUACUGAAAGCUCUCUACAACUCAAUUAAGAAUGAGAAGCUCGAAUGGGCAGUAGAUGAUGAAGAGAAAAAAAAGUCUCUGUCGGAAGGUACUGAUGAGAAGGCUAAUGGAACACAUCCAAAGACCAUCAGCCGUAUUGGGAGCACUACCAACCCAUUCUUGGACAUUCCUCAUGACCCAAAUGCUGCUGUGUACAAAAGUGGAUUCUUGGCUCGAAAAAUCCAUGCAGAUAUGGAUGGAAAGAAGACUCCAAGAGGAAAACGAGGAUGGAAAACCUUUUAUGCUGUGCUAAAGGGAACAGUCCUUUACUUGCAAAAGGACGAAUACAAGCCCGAGAAGGCUCUGUCGGAAGAGGACCUGAAAAACGCCGUGAGUGUGCACCAUGCACUGGCCUCCCAGGCCACGGACUAUGAGAAGAAGCCCAAUGUGCUCAAACUGAAGACCGCUGACUGGAGGGUCUUGCUUUUCCAAGCCCAGAGUCCAGAGGAAAUGCAGGGGUGGAUAAACAAAAUUAAUUGUGUUGCAGCUGUGUUUUCUGCACCACCAUUUCCAGCAGCAAUUGGGUCUCAGAAGAAGUUUAGUCGCCCACUUCUGCCCGCCACCACAACAAAAUUGUCUCAGGAGGAACAGCUGAAGUCUCAUGAAAGCAAGCUGAAGCAGAUCAGCACAGAGCUGGCCGAGCACCGCUCCUACCCCCCGGACAAAAAGGUCAAAGCCAAGGAGGUGGACGAGUACAGACUGAAAGAUCACUAUCUGGAGUUUGAGAAAACCCGCUACGAGGUGUACGUCCGCGUCCUGAAGGAGGGCGGCGCUGAGCUGCUGGGCAGCGGGGGGCCCGCGGGCCUGAAGAAGUCGCACUCCAGCCCUUCACUCAACCCAGACUCAUCUCCAGUCACCGCCAAGGUCAAGCGAAACGUGUCAGAGAGGAAGGACCACCGACCUGAAACGCCGAGCAUUAAGCAAAAAGUUACUUAGAAUCCGUCUGCGGCCAGAAAUGCUGGUCUGGUCGUGGAGCAAAACAGCUUUUCAAGAUCUUUCUGGUAAACCCGUGAAUAUAUUUAAAAAAAAAAAAAGUCUGUGACUAAAUGGUGCAUUAGUAACCUUUUCUAUUGUAUAUUUUUGUUAGUUUCUGUACAGAUCGUCUCUUUGCUCUUGAUUUCUUUGCUUUGAUGAUUUUUUGCUACUUGAGAACUAAUGCACCUUUUGUGAGGGGAGGGAUCACGGUUUCAGAAUGAAUUACCCAUCUCUCUCCCUCAGUUCUCUCUCGUUUGCACUCUACUCAGUUGUUUUGUGUAUUCUCAAAUCAGCUGUUACACUUUUUUUUUUUUAAGGUUAAAAAUUUAAUCCAUUGUGAAACACUUAACUGGACAACCUUUGUAGUUUAGAAAAUUCUAGCCAGAGUUAAUAUAAGCCUUUCUCUGUGAAAUCCUGCCUGGUCACAGAGGUGGAAUCGAGCCCUCGCAGGCUCAGGAGUCACGAGGUUCCACCGUGAGGCCGCUGCACGCACUCCUGACACCUAGCGGUGCAUCCGGCCCUGCUGAGGGCCGGGGGCCUGAGGACCUGGGAUGGGAGGACUUUGGAAGCCUACUGGCCUCCUGGAAGUGCCCUUCAGCCACGCAUGGAGGGAGGAAGCUGAGUCUCGCUGUGGAAGACUGAGGAGAAUGACCCCAAGUUCAUUUUGUUUUCUCAAGGAUGGUAGCUGCAGUCGACUGCUAGAGAGCAGACAUGCCUUUGGUCUGCAGAAACUGUCACCUCACUCCUGCAGGGUCUGGAUGAGGAAUCUAGAACUACCUACCAGUCGAUACCGUGCCAUCCAGGAAUUAGGUCCUUUUACAUCUAGAGGCGCAGUUUUGUCUCCAGGUUUUAAGAAUAUUGAGGCCUUCCUAACAAAAUAAUAUCGAAAUGGAGCCCCUCUCAUUUGCUCCUCAAUCGAAGCAGAAUAAGAAAGGAAAAAAGUGAGGGUUCUUUUUCUUAUAGUUGUUUAGCAAUAGAAUAUUGAUUCUUUAAAAUAAGUCUGAAAGUAAUAAAUAGUCUGAAGGAAUUAUGUAUGGUUGGAAAACUGACAAACCUUCUGGCUCCAUGUGCAGAUUUCCUUAAUCUGUGACAGCAAGUUCACUCUGCGAUACUGAACUUUCCCCUAAAAAGAAAUCCUUGAUUUUAAGUCAUUUCUUUGUAUCUGCUCAAAACAGUCACAAGCUUGUUCCAGGGACAGUCCCUUUGAAAUUCAGGGUGAUAACAGAACAUUCUCUGAUUGAGAAAGAGAACGUGAAAAUUGAGCCCACUUAGAACUUCCUGAUUUUGAAACCUGGAAACUCUGUGAUCUUUAAAUCUAUAAUCUCCACAACUUCAUGACUAAUGGAAUCACUUGGAAUCUUCUUUUCUCUCCCACUGAAGUUUGCUCUCAUUCUCCUCAGUUUACUAGCUAAGGUACUAUGACCAAAGAAUCAGGGACUCUGCGUGAAUAGCAUGGUUCCAGGGAGUGUGGGAAAACCUGCUCUCAAACCACGGUAGUUUCUAGAGGUAUUUUGUUCUGAUGCACCAGCAUUUAUACAGAACUAUUUAUUACCAUAUACUUCCUUCUGCUGUAUAAAUGCCCAUGUUCGCUGGUGCCCUGGAAAGAGAAACCCCUUCCUAAGGUUGUAGCUGCUCAUUUUGUAGAGAGUGUUUUUGUCACACCUUUGAAAAACUCCCUCUAUCUGGUUUCGGUAAAGGCGGUGACUAAAUGUGUUUCAAAACCUAGAAACAAACAGGGUAGUUAGCAGCAUGGCCCAUGCAUUUGAUUUUUUGGGGGAGCUUUUGACUGAAUCCAAGAUUUCUGCAAGAGGAUAGUCUUUCUUCCUAGAAUCUGAAUUAUCAGCCUGUUUGCUUUCUGCCUUCAUCUUUAUCCUAAACAGAGGGGAGUAAGGUACCUAGACCAUGUCAUCUCUGAGCUUCAACAACUAAAGAAGAAUAAGCAUCCCUGACUGGCUUGAAUGUGUGUGCUGACAGUCUGUGUGUGCGUGUGUGUCUGUGUGUGUAGGAUGUCUCCGUGUGUCUCACUUUGUCUGUCCUGGACGUGGAAUGUUACCUCACUGCAGUGUUUAGACAUUGAAGUUGCUCCGAGAUACCAGGUCAGCGUCAGCACCAGGAAGGCACGAUGCUCAGCCCGCGACCUGCUGACCCGCUGAAGUUGUGUCCAAGAGCUCCUGGGUGUGCAGGCCAAGUGAGAUGGAAAGGGCACUUUUGAAGUGGCAGAAUAUAUACUGUGUUUGCCUGGUUUAUCUUAAAAAUAGCUGCAAAGGAGAGUCUGUGAGCCAGGGGCCCAGACUCCCCCAGUGGGAUGCUGUCUGCACUAUGUGGGGUCAGUGACCUUGCAGGCCAAGGGCUUAGCCUGUAGGAGGCAGGACCUGGGUUCUAAGAUUCUUGCCUGUGGCCCUUUUCCCUCUGCGAUUGUUUCUUUCCUGUGGUAGCCAGCCAGGGGACACCGAAGACCGUCCCUUUCAUAGCCACUCCAGACCUGCCUCCCAGAUCUGGUACAAAGCACUGCCCCAUCCUUUCUUCCUGCAGGUACAGCCCCCACUCACCCAACCUCAGCACCAGGAGCCCUGCGAUUUCUCUCCAUCUGAUUAGUCAUUAUUUCUCUUCACAUAAACACACUUAACUUUUAGUACAGAAAAUCUUGAUAGUCAUCAAAAUACCUUGGUGAUGGUCUUAUGGCAGAAUUGCCCAUAGGUGUGGCCUGUGUAUAAAGGCAAGUGUUUCAGGGUUCAUCCCCCCACCUCACAUGUUGACAUUUACAGGAUGGUGUCAGGAAUUGCUUGUUAGCAAGGGAAACUGAAUCACUAACAUGCAGAGUCCUUAUUUUAUUGCCAGCUGUAGACACUAUCCUAAGUAUGCCUUUUACAAACAUCAUUUGCUAACUCUUAGUAAUACCUGAUUAAACCGAGCAAUACUUCUGUGCAUUUAGUUAACCUCAGUAAAGGCAGCAUGUGGAGUUACCUGGGGCACUGCAGCUGGAGUUGCUCUCAGGUAGAGAGGGUGGACAGCGACCUUGCAGGACCCUCCGUGCUUCUCCAGCUCUGACCCUCAUUCCCAAGAUAAGGACUGUUUCCUGGUCGGAAAGGACAAGAGGGAGUUAAUUCUGGACAAGAAAAAUUGCCCGGCUUUCCAGGGCCAAGUGAGGGUUGGUGUCUUGAGUCUGUGUUUCACCCUGUGGCCAAAGCACAGAGCCUCUGAGGCUGGAGAGGGGUUUACGCACCCAGCAGGUCAAGAGCCUUGUGCUGCCCUAGCUGCCCUUCCUCCAUCACAGAAAGAGCGGGAGGAUGUUGCUGGGUAGGCAGGGCUUGCUUUGGCCUCGAGCUGCCCUCUUCUCUGCCUCGCUCCCAAAUCAUAGACAGCGGGAAGAAAAUUAACCUUAAAAAAUUCCUCCAUUGUCUUACAACCAAGACUUUCUUAGUUAGUUGUCAUUGGAAUUUGGUUCUCUGGCGUUUGUGCCCGUAGUCAUCCAUGAAGCUUUUUCAGGCGUGAGUUCCAAGGGCACCUCUUAGCCUUGCAGCCCAAACCUCUGCUUUAGCUCUUGUGGGCCGGGUCGGGUGUUCCGCAGGUGGGAGCAGAUGACAUGACCCCUUCCCCUUUCACUUGACAGCAUUUUUGCCCUUGUAAGAUGAGCACCGUUAAACAAGGAUCAGGGUGGUGCCCAGAGCGACUUGAUUAAAGUAGAGCCUAGUUAAUGACUAGCGUGACUUUGGGCUCAACUAGCAUCUGCCUUCCUCGCAGAGCACCUGAGUUAUUCUGACAGGAAGAGGUCAGUUGGCUUUGUAGGCACAUGAGCCCCUGCUCUCUGGCAGGCUCUUCCCCGGGCUACCAGCCUGCCCCAGGCAGGGGAUGUCUCCGUCGGCCUCUGCCGUCUCAACCAGCAAGUCACCCAGGGGACUUUGAGCCGCGCUGGGUGCUCUGCCGCUCCUGCUCUUCCCAGUGUCUCUCAACAGGAGGACUGAGGUCCAAGGCCAUCACCCUUUCCCUUUUCCUUUUGUGCCCAGAGUGUCCCAACACCCAAGUGGGCAGCCCCUGCCUGGGAUGGUGUCUGGCCAGUGCCUGCAAACAGUGUCUUCAGAGACGGUCAGUAGUCUGUGGACUUGGAAGCAACAGCAAGAAAAUAUUGCAAGUUAAGUAGUUGUAUAUACAGUAGGUUUCCUUCAAUCUCUCUGGCUCAUCCUCGUAAUUUACGUGUAUCUCUGUAGUGUUGCCAGCUUUUGGAGACUAUUCAUAUUGAUGAUGUGUAAGACAUCAAAGAAUAUGCUUUCUGUCACCUGCCGAAGUCAUAAUUGUGGGUAUUUAUGGUCGUGUGUAUCUAUAUGUAUCAAUGUGUAGAUUGUACAUCAGUAUACAGUGUACGUACAUCAAAUUUAUUUUUGUCCAGUGUGAUAUGAAAAGCAAGUAAAAACCUCAUAGGAUGGAGAAUAUAAUGCAGUUGUUGAGAGUCUAUAUAGUGGUACUGUUUUAUUAAACUUAAAUUCAAAUGAUAUUUUGAUUAAUUUUUUAAUAAGAUUUUAUGCUAGAAAAUCUCAUCUUUGAGCUUUGAAUCACCAGAGCAGAAAGGACUCUGAACUAACUUUGUUAAACUAUUUCAGUGUACUGUGUACAAUACUGGGGGGGAGGGGGGUAGCUCAUUAUAAUACGGAAUAUACAGAAAGAAAGAAAAAAAAAACACACACACAUGCAGCCUGUUAAGGUCUGAGCAACUUUAGUAUUAAAAGCAUUUAAGCAUAAAGUCGAUGACAGUUGGGGACUUAUUACAAAAUGUGAUGCUUUCAAGCACACGUUCUUUAUUGUUGUGAUUAGUCCAGAGGAAUUAGCACUGGUUACCUGCGUGUGUGUGUGUGACAGUGGCUCAUGGCAUCCCCAGCACCGGUCCUUGCCCUCCCCACCCAGAAGAGGUACUGCCCAGCUGGAGUAGGUCAGGACUCCCAGAGAUCGGGGCUGGGCCCCAGGUUUGCGGUUGCACAAACCAGCAUCUAGUCACAGGUAAAAGAACCUUAGGACAGGCUAUGGACCAGGUCAGAACUUUCAUAUUUUUCUACUUAGGUCGAUUUUCCUGCCUCUCCCCAAAGAAGAGCCACUGGCCUUAGCUGUCUGAGCUUACUGCUUAUCUUACAGUGUAUAUGUAGAUACCUAGAGAUUAAGAUUUAUUAACCAGCAUGUUGGUGUAUUUAAAGCAAAUCUGAGUGUGUGUGAAUGAGUGGCUGAGUGCAGAGCACGUGUCUAUCCUGCCUGGAGUUCCUCGUAUCCAAUUCAGAGGACGGGAGUUGUGGGGUGGGCGGCUCAUCUCCGGCUCCAGGCCGCAGUAGCGGUGGUGGUUACACUUGAGUUUUUUUUAAUUAACGCCAUAGUCUCAAACUAUUUUUGCAAAUGUAUCCUGUUUCCUAAUCUCUUUCUGACGUGCAGUGAGCUGGCUCUGGCCGCCUGGCGGGGGUCUCUGCUCUGCGAGAGUGUGUUUCCUUCUAAGAACUACAGUGAUUUACAAAAUCACCCGUUUGAUUCAGAAAUCACGUACAAAAGGAGUAGCAAAGAAAACUUUAAUUUUGGGCCUUAGUCAUUGGAAAGGUUUGGACUUUAGAUGUAAAGCCAGGUAACCAUUUGGCCUAGAUAAUAACAUCUCCUCUGUGGAGAGUGUGCAUGCACAUUGAUUAAUGCCAUUAGGAUACUUUUUGAAACUGUAGGGACAGAAGUCAUUAGACCAUGUGAGCUGGUCGCCUUCCAUCUGGGGGAGGCCUGCUUGGGGCCAGCCCUCUGCCCUGAGAAAUCUGGGACUACCCUGUCGCCUCAGGCAUGCAAGUGGAAGGGAGCCCUCAGCGGGGCCUCUGGUGUGUGUGUGUGCCUGCACCUACACACGUGUGCACAGCAAGUGUUGUGAGGGGUUAGCAGAGGUGGCAGUGCCCCACGUCUGGCUCUGAGACCAACCGCAUGGGGGGCACACAUCUGUCUUCCUGGCAGACCUUGCAGUUCCCAACACCCUGCGAGCCACCGGGGAAGUUCCAGGGGCUGAUGACCAUUGUCCAGGGCAGUGCUGCUGCUCGCUGUGGAGACAGUUCCUCUGAGCACAGCGGAGCCCUGCAUGCCCUCCCUUCCCUCGGGGCACAGGGAGCUGCCCAACAGGGUGGUGAGAGUGGACGUGCAGGACCCAGCUACAGCAGGGUCCCCAUCGCAGAGAGAGCCUGGGCUCUUGCGAAUCAUGUUAUAAAAAUAAGCACCUUAAUGUCACUUUCUGAGAAUAUUGGUUCCUAGAGAGAUUUGGGGGAGCUCAAUUACUAACUACCCACAUCUGCCUAAAUGCACCCCGGGGGUCCCCCACCACCACCAAAGCUCAGCUCAGGACAGCACAGCCAGCGCCACCCCCCCUCCCCACACUCCUGCCUGACACCGCAGGACAUCUGCAAAGAGGGGGCUUCUCCCAGCCCCUCUCCCCAUGCUCCCAGAGCAGGAGGCAUGAGUUGGGUUGGUCCAUGCCUGCUCCUUCCCUGGCUGUAGGGGUCCAGCCGUCCUCACAGGCUGGCCCUGCUGAGGGUGACUGAGUGACUGCAGUGACACAUGACAAAAGUAUUAAGAAAAUUCUCAAAUUCUUGGACUGAAGCCAAGGCCACAUCCUUUGCCUUUGCAGCAAACAAGCUGGCAGAUUGAACGGUAACCAGGGAUGGGUAAUCUUGGCCUUUGCCCCCCGCUUUCUGCAAAUGGCUAAGGUUCAUCUCCGUGGAGGGGCCCAGGCCAGGUGAGCACUUCCAGGUAAAGGCCUCAAUGCUCCCUGCAUGCUCUCCUCCCUCGGGUUUAGGAGCCCGUUUCUAGAACAGAAAGCCUCACACGUGGAGAGCCAGUACAGCCGAGCCUGGAUUACUGGGGGGCAGGCAGAAGGACCGUGGUCUGUAUCCUGUUAUGUAAAACGAGCUCAUGACUUUUCCAGCCUGUUAACUGGGUUGUUUCCUGGGGCUCAAACUCAUUGGCAGAAUGGCUCAUUCCUUGACCUUGAGAGUUUUCUCCACCAAUCACUUCAGUCUCACUGCAGUCCUGUUGCCACAUGUCCCUGCAAACUGUGCAGGUAAUGAGUGAUGAAAUAGCAGCCUACUCCUUUUCAUUGGCCAUGCUGUCAGCAUUGGCAGACUUGGGUGAGCUCACGGUACCCAGUCCUGUGCUGGAAACUGUUCCUCAUCACCCACCAGAUCCGAGUGACGCCGUCUCCUAGAAGUCACGGCGUUCGUGGUGGCUGUCGUUGGAACGGAACAGUCCUUUAUGUGGAUAUUGUUCAAGUGUUUAAAGACUAUUUUGAAAAUUAAGUUUACAUUUUACAAUCGCUUUAUUUUUUAUUAAAAUAGUUGUAUAUAAAUAUUGCCCUAUUUCACUGUUGUUGAAGUAAAAGCUAAAUCGUGCAGACCAGUGAGUCACCUGAUGUGUAUAGAAGCUGUGACAUAGAAUACAUUUCUCUAUUGUGUAAAUGUUCAUGAAUAUAACUGUUCCUGUGUUUUUAUAAGUUGGGGAUCAUUUGUUGUUUUACAACAACAUUUAUUGCAUUUAAACGGUUUUUAUGUAAUAGAAAUCAUGCAAAAUAGUGAAGGAUUUAAAAUAUGUAUAUGAUAUAUGUAAAUGUACACACUUUAGAAAGAAAUAAAUCCAACAGAUUUCAGUCAUUUGGGAGAA